AUGAAUCUGUUGAUUGCUGAGGUGGUAGUGACGAGGAAGGAUGGCAAACAGACUAGUUUGGAGCAGGCGUACAUUCGUGGGUCUAAGAUUCGUUACAUAGUGGUACCGGAUAACCUCCGGUAUGCUCCUAUGUUCAAGCCUAGGAGACAGGGCGCAGGUUCUGGCUGGGGUAGCUUGAACGCUCCUGGGGCAAAGGGUGGCAAGGGUAAGGGUGGCAAGGGUGGCAAGGGCAAGGGCAGGUUCUAG